UAGACAAAGAAAGGCUGACAUAGUGUGACGGAUUGCUCUGCCAUUUGUGAUAAACAUAUAACUAGUACUGAAUUUGGAAAGUGUCAUGCUACAAUAAAAAGAAAUGCUGAUAAAGUCUGACUGUUAUGUAUAAAAAACAUUAAAACUCACAGUGUUGUUUGACGUCCUCUGAACAGCUGGGUCCGGUAAUGUCGUCCUCCUCCGGUGCUGUAGGUGGCAGCACAUUUAUAGCAGCUGGUGAACAAAUAACCCGGUCAGAAGUACCGACGAAGAACUGUAGCAGGCUAUGAAAGGUUACUCUAUAGUGACUGGGUGGAGUGCCAACAUGCAGAGUUUGGUGGUGCGGGCACUUGCCAUGAGGCAGCUAGGACAGCUGAACCCCCGCCACCUGCUGGCUGCAGGAUACGGAUUGAGGCAGGCUGAAUGGUGUCCCAGGACCAUCCACACUCGCCAGCUGUGGGGCUGCUCGGCUUUCCCAGCACUUGGCUGUCACAGGCCGGCUCUCCGUGGCAGAGACAUUGUCAGGAGUUGGUCUGUCCAACAUCUGAGGUUUAAAGGCAACAAGAAGAAAGGUGCUGCUAGGAAAGCACAGGAGGACGAGGAGGAGGAUGAGGAAGAUAAGGAUACAAAAGACCCCGAGGACAGUGAUUAUGAAGAUGAGGUGGAUGAGGACCCAAAUCUACCAAAAGACUAUAAAGAUAUGGAAAAAUAUGUGCAGUCCUUUCGUUAUGAUGUCAUCAUGAAAGCCGGCCUGGACUUGGCACGCAAUAAAAUUGAGGAUGCCUUCUAUAGUAACAAGCUCAGGCUAAAUGGACACAAACUCAUCAAGAAAAGUAAAUCGGUGAAAGUUGGGGACGCCUUGGACCUGGUACUGUCGGAGAACCAAGAAACAAACACUGUUACUCUUAUGAGAGUCAUCCUCCGGAAGGUUUUGGGAGAAUCUAGUGACAAAGAAAAAUACAAAGUUGCCGUCAGGCGUUGGAAAUUUUUAGAGCUUCCCAAAAGUGAGGCCUUCAAGCAAUGAACAAUAGGACAGUUUUGACGACCACUUUUCAGGGAAGGCAACAACUCCUGCAGAAAUGAAUUUCAACAAAAGAGUGACAUUUGAAUAUGGUCUCCAAACAAGUCGGAUCUAGAAUGGAUUACUGAUAAACGGUUUUAUGUAAAGGUUAACAGUUCUCAGCGGUUGUAGAUAUUAAAGAGUUGGUUGUGAGAAAAUGUUUAUCUUUCCCCAGCUAUACUGUGAGACUCCUCCAAUAAAGGCGCACUUUGGCA